GAUAGGGAGCACAUUUUGACAUUGGAAGCUGAGGUUGUUGAAACUCUCUGCAUGUUUGAAAACAUUUUUCCCUCCAAGUUUCUUUGAUAUCAUGGUACACUUGACGGUACAUCUAGGAAGGGAAGCUAGACUAGGUGGACCGGUUCAUUUUAGAUGGAUGUACCCGUUCGAGAGAUAUAUGAAAGUCCUGAAAGACUUUUUCAGAAACACUGCAAGACCAGAGGGGUGCAUUGCUGAGUGCUAUCUUGCUGAAGAAUGCAUCCAAUUUUGUAAUGAAUUUUUGAAGAAGACGACAAAUGUUCAAGAGAAAGUUGACAGAAACACUGAGUAUGAUAAUAGUUCUAUUCUUGAGGGGCGUCCUAUAUCUGCAGGGAAGACAUUUUCUCUCACUGAAAUGGAGAAGAAAAUAGCCCAUAUGGCUGUCAUCCAGAAUAUGGCUUUGGUUGAUUCUUAUGUGGAGUCUAGUGCUAAGGAUACUUCACAAGUGGUGGAUUUGGUAUCUUACUACGGGAGAGUAACUGAUAUUAUCUUGUUGGACUAUAAUGUGUUCUAUGUUCCUUUAUUCCGGUGUGCAUGGGCAGUGAAGGGUAAUGGAGUAAAAGAAGAAGAUAGUUUCACACUUGUUAACCUUAAUCAUAGUCAAGUAAGUUUUUCAAGGGAUCCAUAUAUAUUAGCCUCUCAAGCAAAGCAAGUUUUUUACUCAAGGGAAGACGAGUCAUCAAGUUGGUAUGUUGCUAUGAGAGGUCCUUCAAGGAGAUUCAGUCAGAAAGAUUUUCAAGAUGGAAUUGCAGACAUUUGUCCAUUACCAGCCAAUAUUGACAUGGGUGAUGACUUGGAUGAAGCAGAAAAUGAGAGAACUGAUUUUAAAAUGGGGAAAUCAAAGAAAAAGAGAGGAAGAGUAUCUAAGAAGAAUGAUGAUGAGGUAGAAUAUGUGGGUACCCGUGAACCAGAACCAGUAGAACCAGAAACUCAAGUAGAAGAUGGGCCGGAUAAUUUGGUAGAAACAGAAGAUCAAGUAGAAGAUGAGGCAGGUAAUUUGGGGAUGAAUGAAGAAACAAAGCUGAAUGAAGAAGUUCCUGAUAAGGGGAUGAAUGAAGAAGAGCCUGACAAAGCUCUGAAUGACGAAGAGCCUGAAGGUGAGAUACAAUUCUCUGAAGAUCUUGAGCUUGUUGGUAGAAAGAGAAAGAGACAGCGAGGACCAACACGCAUGAAAGACAUUGCCAAGGAUCCAAAUACCAGAGUACAAGUAGAGUACACUAACAUGGGAGAACAUUAUGGUAAAGGGUCAGUGAAGAUGUCUUCAUACGUAGGCGCAUUGGUACGGGAACAUGUUCCUAUCACGUUUGAUCGUUGGACUAAAAUAACUGAAGAAAUCAAGACAGUUCUAUGGAAAUCUGUCCAUGCAAGAUUUGAGGUAGAUGAAGAGUACCAGAAGACUGCACUUCUUAAACAGAUGGGAUGUCUGUGGAGGUCAUGGAAAUCACGUCUUGUUACCCGGAUUAGAGAAGCCAAGACUAACCAACAAAGGAUGAAUCUGCGUCCAAAGAAUGUUUCUCCAUUUGAAUGGCGAAAAUUUGUCAAGCUCAAAACUAGCAAGGAAUUCAAGGUUGUGAGCGAUAGCUAUAAAGAAAGAAGGCGCAACCAGAUUCCUCACACCACUAGCCGCAAAGGAAUGGUUAGAUUAACAGAAGACAUGAAAAAAGAGAGUCCAAAUCCAGGUGAAGUGUCAAGGCUUAAGGUCUGGGUCAAGUCACGUACCAGAAAAGAUGGUACACCAGUUAAUACAAAUGCGGCUGAGAAGAUUAGAAAGGCAGCUGAUCUUGUUAAUAGUGAUGCUCCAUCAUCUGCGACAUUUGAAGCACAAGAUUCACUUAGCCAACUAUUAGGACCUGAUAAUCCUGGUCGUCUGAGGGUAAUGGGUAGAAACAUGACUAAGACCAAAUUAGCUUGUUUCCAAGUGAAGAACAAAUGUAUGGCUGAAAUGCAAGAGAAACAAGCUAAUCUCCAGCUUAAGGUCAAUGAAUUACAAGAUGUAAUUGAAAAAAUGAAGAACCAGAGACAAGAUCCUGAAGUUGGUGAGAACUCAGCUGCAGCUAGAUGUAUCUUGACUGACUGGACUGGUGGUGAUGCAACUGUUGCUGAGGGGCGUAUUAUUACUUCUAAUCCGGAUGACUUAGUGAAUGAUUGUCGCUUAGGUCCUACAUAUUUAAAGGUUUUGGUUGAGAUUGCUAUUGUACCAGAAGCAUACCUUUGGAGACCUGCGAUUAACAUGUUCACAAUUGAGAAAGCUGUUGGACAGAUGAUCGCUUGGCCUGCCUCUAAGUGUGUUAACCUAGAACAGGAGCUCCAACCAGAAGACAUUACACCACUGGGCCAAAGAAGUAAUUCAGAGAACAAAUGCAAGCUACUAGAUUUGACUUCAGAUGAUGUGGUUGUGGCUGAAGGACGCUGGCAGACCCAAGAACAGAAUGCAUUAGUAAAUGGGCUUCCUCUCGGACCAAAUGCAGUGAAAGUAUUUGUUGAUGUGCGUAAAAUUGGAGCUGAGGCUAUCAAAGCAAAUCAGAAAUGCAAGUUGCUGGAUAUUGGUGGAAAAAAGCAGGUUGUUGCUGAAGGACGUGUGAAUUCAGUCGACCCAGACAUUAAGGUCCACUGUGUUCGAUUGGGGUUAAAUGCAGCUAGAGUAUGGGUUGAUAUAGUGAAGAUAGAUGAUGCGGUGGUUUGGAGGCCAUCAGAUGAAAUCGAGUACAUGAGAGAUGCACUUGGUUCAGCUAUUGCAUGGCCAAUGGAUAAGUUGGUCAUCUUUUGAGUUUAAGCAUAGGGGAAUGAAGAAACUUUGGUCCAGGUUUGCUAGUUUUAAUUAAGUUUAAGACUAAGC